AUGGAAAGCUCAUUGGAAACCGGGCUUUUUUGGAUCAGCUUCGCUUCACGCCGUAGCUCCAUGUUUGAUGAGAUAUACUGGAACUACGUUGAUCAGCGGUUCUUUGGUCCUUUGAUAGCGAUCGAGGAUCGGCUAUGCUAUCUCAGUGCAGAAGAGCGGGUAGAAAUUGACGCUUUCAUUGAGAAGAAAAUGCAGCAGGCAAGUGAGGGCAAUCUGGUAUCUCACUACAGCGUCGAUGAACUAGUUGAUCUAUAA